AUGGAGGACGUCGACUUCAACGAGCUCAAGGAGCAACAGCGGCAACUAAAGCGGACCAUCAACAGUGUAGCGAGGUUCGUUGAAGGUUUCUCAAUGGAACGGCACGAAAACCAGAUCGACGUUCGGUUGGAGAUGUUAGAAGAUGCGAUGCGGAGGUUCUACAACGUCCAGCGGAAAAUGAAGGUGAUCCUCGACGAAGAAGAUAUCGAAACCAAACCAGAUUCAAAGGAAUCCGAAAAUCAGAGGGAAAAACGAGUUCAAGCAAAAAUCGCCAAACGUGAGGCUGAUUUUGAUGAGGCUGCAUCCCAGGUCGAAGAGGUUUACUGCACAGCGAAAUCUUCCCUGGUGGCUUUCAAGCGGAAAAGGCAAGUGUCAGUCGAAUUGUCAGAAUCUUCUACAAGUUCGGUUGUGUCUCGCGUGAAGCUUCCUGAAAUCCAGCUGCCCCAUUUCAGCGGAAGAAUUCAAGACUGGGUCACCUUUCGCGACAUGUUUCAGAGCCUGAUACACAACAACGGUCAGCUUUCCCCAGUCGACAAAUUUACCUACUUGAGGUCAUCGGUGACGGACGAAGCAUUGCAGGAAAUCGGUUCAAUCGAAAUCACGGCCGCAAACUACCAAGUGGCAUGGAGUUUGUUGGAAAGGCGCUACGAAAACAAAAAGCUGAUUGUCAAAGCGCAUUUGGACGCGCUUUUCAGAAUCGAGCCAAUUCGCCGGGAACACAGCGAGUCGCUGAACCGCCUCAUCGGUGACUUCGACAAGAACCUGCAAAUGUUGAACAAAAUUGGGGAAAACACUGAGAGUUGGUCGACGUUGAUGGCCCAUAUGGUCUGCAUGCGUCUGGAUCCCGUAACACUUCGGCAAUGGGAAACGCAUCACAAUUCGAAAGAAGUGCCAACCUUUUCCAACCUGAUGAACUUCCUCCGAGAUCAGUGUUUGGUUCUACAAUCUCUAGUCACCAACACUUCGCCAGAGCCUCACCAUCCAAGGUUCACGAGAUCACCGGAACCACAGUAUCGACGCCCCAAGAAUGCUGCGUCAUUUGUGGAGAUCGUCAGCAUAACAUUUUUCAUUGUCGGACUUUUAAGAGUUUGUCUGUGUCAGAACGGUUUUCGGAAGUGA